ACUUCACAUCAUGAGUCAUGUUAUCAUGUUCUCAGGAGCUGAGUAACUGCCGGGGCUAUUUUUACCCUUGUUCUUGUUCAGCAGGCUUCCUUUUCUCUGCCGCUGCUGCUGGAUGGACGAAGGACAUGAGGAUGCCAAGAAAGGAGUUGCUGCUAGCUGUCUCCACCCCUCUCUUGUCUCCUUUAAAAGAACAGCUGAAAGGGUGGCACCUUAUUCUCUUUCUUGCAGACUAAAAUAAAGAUCCACCAGCUCUCUCCCUGCUACUCACUCUCCUCCCACUUGAUUUUACCUUUUUUCUUGUUGCAACAGAGCAUAAGAGGCAGCAGCGCCGCUGAGACUUAUCAAGACUCAACACACACACAGAAUCCAGCCAAGACAUUUGCUCACCUGUCUGCAAAACCAAACCAAUCAGACCUCACAUACAACAAAACUACCAGCAACGUUUUGAAAGAAAAGACACGGAAACCAGAAAAUAAUUUAAGAGAAAAAAAUUCAACUUAAAACAACUUUUAUUUUUUAAAAAAUAUGCCAGAGGAAGAAAAACAUUAAAAAAAAAAUAAACCAACAAAAAAAUUAAGAAAGAAGAUUUAUGUUCUGAUUUUGUAUAAACAUUUAGGAAAACUUUGUUUCAGACUUUUCUAGUUUUUUCUGGAAAACACUGCAAAUCAUUUUUACCUUUUUGUGUGGACUUUUUUUUUUCUUAAAGAACAAAAAUUAAGAAGGAAAAAGAUAAGUGUUUGGACCAUCCAAUAAAAGGAAAUACUGGAAGAUUUCUUGUGGAGAGGGGGGGAGACAGACUUUGGAUGCAUACAUUUUUGGGGGGACUGCCUUUUUAGUUUAUUUAUACUCCUCUCCUAUAUUCCUGCUGGCUGAUGAGGCAGAGAAAGGGUCCAACAAGUAACCAAGAAUUACUUUUUAAAAAAUAAAGUGUCUGUUUUUUAACCCUUUCUUCCCCACUCCAUGAUUGUGGGAGACUAGAGAAAAUAACUUGGAAGGGAAAAUGAAGAAGUGCAGAGCACUCUGUGAAGGAGGCAAGGCUAGAGCAAAACUGUAAGCAGAGACUGCCUCUCUCACCUCUUUGCCUAAGCGUGGGAAUUUAUUAUUUCUUUUAAAGUCUGUCCUUCAAUGUGUCUGGAACUUUUGGGGCUCAGAGUCGGUAUGAAUUUCAGAUUGAUCUUCAUGUCUCUCUGGUACCUGCCUCUCAUCAGCACUGAGGGGGACCCCAUCCCAGAAGACAUUUACAAGAUAAUGAGUGACAGCUUGGUGCGCUCCAGGAGUGACCUCCAGCGUGCCCUGCAGAUAGACUCCGUAGAAGAGGAUGGCUCCAAUUUGGACCUGAACUUAACCCGAGCCCAUCCUGGUCAAAACUUGCCUCGAGGGAGACGAAGUCUAGUGGCAGAUGCUGAGCCAGCAGUACUCGCAGAGUGCAAGACACGGACGGAGAUCUUUGAAAUCUCCCGGAGCAUGGUAGAUUCCACCAAUGCCAACUUCGUGGUGUGGCCGCCGUGUGUGGAGGUGCAGCGGUGCUCCGGGUGCUGCAACAACCGCAACGUGCAGUGUCGCCCCACAAUGGUCCACGUGCGGCAUGUCCAGGUAAACAAGAUAGAAUUUGUCCAGAAGAAGCCAAACUUUAAAAAAGCCAUUGUGCCCUUGGAGGAUCACCUGGAGUGUCGAUGUGAGGCACUGUCAUCUCGGCCCUCUGGUCGUGGUCGGCCAGGUUCACAUAAACACAGAGGUGAGUCACCAUUGAUCUCUGCAGCCCCUGUUUCAGUGAGACAACGAGCGCGCCGGCUGCCAGCACGAAAGAGAAAACAUCGGAAGUUCAAGCAUGUCCACGAUAAGAAAGUGCUGAAAGAAAUCCUCACAGCAUAGAGGUGCUGGCCAGGGAGAGAGUGCAAGGCAGGUUUAUUUAAUAUACAGCAAAACCUGCCUUAGAUAUCACCUCUGAAGAGAAACCACCUGUCACGAGCAACUACUUGCAGAGGCCACAGAACACAACCACUCUCUGGUGUGCAAACCUUUGAAGAGACCACUUUGUACAAACGACCACUUUUGCUAACUCCCAUGAGUGGUCGCUCUUGGCAGGUUUUACUGUAUUUGCUGUAUUGCCCCCAUGGGGUCCUCGGAGUGAUAACUCUUCCUCUCUGUCGGUCUGUCUCGGUGCCCGAGUCGGACGGCAAAUGGUGCUUCCCUUUCCAUGACCGGACCGUCUCCCUAGAUUUCCCUCUCUUCAUUUAUUAAAAACAUUUAAAGUUUUCCAAAAAAAAAAAAAAAAAAAAACACGUUAGAAAAAAAGAAAAAGCCACAUGCAACUGGAACCAGAUGAUGCCUUUUCUACUGCAGAGGAUAGAACGGCAAAUGGGAAAAAGAAAAAUGGGUCAAUAUUCUUUUGAGGGGGAAAAAUGGGAGGGGGGAAAUGGGAGCAAUUUACUUCCUUUUCCCUCUUCUUCUUGGUGAGGGUGAGGGACCCUGGCUGAGAGAUCAAUGAUUGUGAUGGACAUGUUUUAAAGCAGGCAAACCUCAGAUUGAGAGAGGAAACCAAUGAUGGAAAAUGCACUAAGGACUUUUAUUGUCCCGUCUGGACAGAUUUUUGUGUGUGCGUGCGUGUGUGUAUGUAUGUAUAUAUAUAUUAUUUUAAAAACCACUAAAAUGUACAACAUCUCGGGGAACAGAAAAAAUGAAAGCAAAAUGCAUUUAUCCCAUCCACCUCUGGGGCAGACUGGAAGACUUCUGAGGCAGUGGGAAGGAGUGGACCAGCUGGCAGAAUCAUUCUCCCUUCUCCUGGCCCCCUGACAAAGGAUGCUGUCUUUGCACAUGGCUGUAGAGGUUCGACUUUCCAGUCUGGGGACUUGGGUUAUUGUUUAAUUCACAUUGUAUGUAUAUAUCUAUCUAUCUGGUUUUAAAAUGGAUUUGUUCCAUGGUGGGAGGAUCUGCAGGCAUGUUUGUGCAUCAGCUCAGGUGGGCUAGAAGAAAAGCAAACUUUCCACGACUUUACCCAGUGUGUGUGGGGUGCAAAAUGUGGUGCACAGAGCAAUGUCCCUCACUCUCUUUCUCCCUGUACAACUCCCUGCAGGAUACAGAAUGACAACACAAUCAACCAACGAAAUACAGGCUUAGAAACAUUACUCAUCAGAACAAACUGUAACUGGCUGAACAGUGAUCCGGAGGCAGGAUAAUAUUUCCAGAAAUAUCUGAGAGCAGAAUAACCCUUUCAUGGAUGUUCUUAUAUCACAACUCGCAGUUGCUCUCCCCGUCUCUAUGUCCCUGGCUCUCCCAUUUUCCUCCCCAUUUUUCUCUCUCAACACACACGAGGAUUUCCUUAACUUACAUUAAAGCUCUUUUCAGUUUCAAAAGCA